ACCAGCCACAUCUCUCCAGCAGGCGGCAUCAGUAGCUCAGCUUCACCGGAGGCCUCAGCAGGAACGAACAGCCAAAGCAGGAUGAAGCUUUCUAUUGGCAUCAUUUUCUUUUGCCUGGUCCUGGGCGUCAGCAGCCAAGGAUGGUUAUCAUUCAUCAGGGAAGCUGGACAAGGGACUAAAGACAUGUGGAGAGCCUACUCUGACAUGAGAGAAGCCAAUUUCAAAAAUUCAGACAAAUACUUCCACGCUCGGGGGAACUAUGAUGCUGCCCAAAGAGGGCCUGGAGGUGCCUGGGCUGCUAAAGUCAUCAGCGACGCCAGAGAGGGUAUCCAGAGACUCACGGGCCACGGAGCGGAAGACUCGAGGGCUGACCAGGCUGCCAACAGAUGGGGCCGGAGUGGCAAAGACCCCAAUCACUUCAGACCCAAAGGCCUGCCUAGCAAGUACUGAGCUUCCUCUUCUCUCUGCUCUCAGGGACUGGGCUGUGGGCCCCUGUGGGCAAGGACAUUUUUUGAACUAGAGCUAUUGAAUUCUGUAUCCCCAGAAAAGUACACAUAAAAUUGCUUAAUAAAUUCUUGUGCAAUCCAA